AUAUUGUGAUUCGAAUAACUCAACAGUUAUUUCAUAAAUAUUGUACUUAUAUUAUGAAAUUUACUAAAUAUAUACAAAUAUGAAAUUUAGAAUUCAGUUAUUAGGCAAUUGGAGUUGUCAUUCUAAACUUCAGCUCUGUUAUUCGAUUGGACUCUUCAAAAAUACUGCUGCUAUGUUUGGAUCCUUCAAAAGUAGUGGAACUCUGAAGAAUAAUCUAACAUGGGUACGACAAUAUUUUAGAGAAUCCAAACAAAAUAUUUAUAAAAUUGAAAUCAGGCCUCAGCCAAUGUUAUAUUAAGGUUAUAACUAUCAAUAUGUGUUGUGGUGCAGUGGUGAGACUGCUCCACCCUUAAUCAGAGAAUUGGGGUUUGAGUCUUGGGUAUGAAAAAAAUUCUGUUUGGAACACCACCUCCAGAAUGAGCCCUGCAAUGUGCGAUCUGAAUUGGUCGGGGUCCAAUGUGAUACCAACACCGGAUGAAAAACCUAAAGAAAGGUUAUAACUGAAAAGGUAGCACUUGUUGGCAUGUUAUUGGAGGUCAACAUACUUGUGACAUGAUCUCUGUCACUUUUUAGAUCAUUACUGGCAAAUUAUUCAUAGCCAACUCCAUGCAUGACAUGUAAAAUGCAAAUUAAAGACCUCUAUAUCUCACUAUAAAUACUCAAAUCUUUUUCACAUAUCUUGUGCAUUGUGAAAAAAGUACACAAAAAACAAUCAACUUUUCUUGGUUUCUUUUCAUACCUCUAACUAUUUUGUCGUGGUUCGGCUUUUUCUCGGACCUUACGCAUAGCGCGGGAACUUUAAUGCACUAACCUGUCCUUACUUCUAACUAAUUGUAUACAAAAUGGCUUUGCCAAGGCAUUUUGUCGUGUUCAUUCUUCAAUUGAUACUUGUCCCUCUUGCAUUUAACCUUUGUAAUGCAUCACAUGGUUUGAAAAAUGGCUUCUAUAGAAAAACAUGUCCUAAAGUUGAGGCAAUUGUGAGAAAGAAAACUGCUGAAUUCAUAUCAAAGGCACCAACACUAGCUGCCCCUUUGCUUAGGAUGCAUUUCCAUGAUUGUGCUGUUAGGGGGUGUGAUGCUUCUGUACUGCUAAAUUCAACCCAAAAUAAUCAAGCAGAGAGAGAUGCCUUCCCAAACCAAUCUCUAAGGGGAUUCCAAGUGAUUAAUGGUGUAAAAUCUGCACUAGAAGACAAGUGUCCUGGUGUGGUCUCUUGUGCUGAUAUCCUAGCUUUAGUAGCUAGGGAUGUUGUUUCUAUGAUUAAAGGACCACAUUGGAAAGUUCCCUUGGGAAGAAGAGAUGGGAGAGUGUCAAUCAUGGAUGAAGCUUUGAACCUUUUACCACCUCCUUUUGCAAACAUCUCUUCUCUUAAACAACAAUUUGCCUCUCUUGGUUUGAAUGCAAAAGACCUUGCUGUUCUAUCAGGUGGACAUACCAUUGGAACAGCUCAUUGUUUUUCCUUCUCAGAUAGAAUGUACAAUUUCACAGGCCAAGGUGAUACUGAUCCAACAAUGGACCCAAACUACAUAGCCCAUUUGAAGAAAAAAUGUAGCCCAACUGAUGUGACAACAAUUGUAGAAAUGGAUCCAGGAAGUUUCAAGACAUUUGAUGAAAAAUAUUACACACUUGUAGCUAAAAGAAGAGGUCUUUUACAAUCUGAUGCUGUACUUCUUGAUGACAUUGAGACUAAAGCUUAUGUUAAACAACAAGCACUUACACAUGGAUCAACUUUCUUCAAAGAUUUUGGCAAAUCUAUGGUGAAAAUGGGAAAGAUUGGUGUAUUGACUGGCCAUGCUGGUGAAAUUAGAAAACAUUGUGAUUUUGUUAAUUAAUUAAAAGUAUCAAGUUCUUUUUUUUUUUUGUACUACUGUAUCAUGUUGUGUAAUAAUAUUCAUGUACAUGUAAUCCUUAUGAGUUGCAUGUGGCUUUUUGACUUUGUGGUGAUAUUAUAUAUGGAUGUUGUAUUUUA